GUCCCUGCGAUUACAUUUUGGCACACGCGCGCGCCAUGACGACCCCGGCACAUUCAGUAGUUUCUGUGGCUUCUGCGGAUUCUGGGAGAUGCAGCCAAGGCAAGGACAAGGAUAGCCCACGUCUCAUGUGCGAGUAUUGCGGCCAUCGGACACGGCUUUUGUGGAAUCUCCAUAUACAUCUGCGACGUCAUACCGGCGAGUUGCCCUUCAGCUGCCAAACCUGCCAGGCCCGCUUUGCGGCACGCUAUCAGCUCACCACACACCUCGAGCGGCAUACAGACGCCGCCGAACGGCGUCGCCGGCACUUCUGCACCGCCUGCAACGUAGGUUUCUCCAGCUACCGGGCUCUGUAUCACCAUCGGCCGCUGCACGAGGACGAGAAGCGGUACAAGUGCCAGCAGUGCGACAAGCAGUUUGCCCAGGCGGCGGGCUAUGCCCAGCACAAGCGGUGGCAUCGCCAGCGGAUACAGCGGGCCACGGAACGGGCCAUGGAGCUGACUGCGAAUACUACGAAUCUGGUGGCUGGUAGUCACAAUCCUCACAUGCCUUGUCUAGACUGACUCAAGGAAGC